CCACAGGAGACCGUCAGGGACAGAAAGUUGGUUUAUGCUAACAUUGAUUUGUUUUUCUGUAGUUAUCAGCUAGCUGACAGAUUUACGGAUUCUUCUGAUUGGUGCAUCAUGAGUGUGGGCUUUAUUGGCGCGGGCCAGCUGGCUAACGCUCUAGUUCGAGGCUUCUCAGCUGCAGGCGUGAUUGCCACCCACAGAAUCACAGCCAGUUCCCCAGACACAGACCACACCACAGUGCAGCAGCUAAGGAAAUUGGGUAUAAAUUUCACCACCAGCAACAAGGAGACGGUGAGCAGAAGUGAUGUUCUCUUCCUGGCUGUGAAGCCCCACAUCAUCCCCUUUGUCCUUGAUGAAAUCGGACCAGAUAUCGAGGACCGUCACCUUAUUGUCUCCUGUGCUGCAGGUGUCACCAUCAGCUCCAUAGAGAAGAAGCUGCAGCAGUAUCGAACCUGUCCGAAGGUGAUGCGUUGCAUGACCAACACGCCUGUCGUGGUGCGUGAAGGCGCCACCGUCUAUGCCACCGGCACACACGCAGAGGUGGAGGAUGGAAAGCUGCUGGAACAGCUGAUGGCAAGUGUCGGCUACUGCACUGAAGUGGAGGAGGACCUGAUUGAUGCUGUCACGGGCCUGAGUGGCAGCGGGCCUGCUUACGCAUUCUUAGCCGUGGAUGCGCUCGCCGACGGUGGAGUGAAAAUGGGCCUGCCCAGGAGGCUUGCCGUACGCCUCGGAGCUCAAGCCCUGCUGGGCGCCGCUCGGAUGUUGCUGGACUCGGAGCAACACCCUGGGCAACUCAAAGACAACGUGUGCUCACCAGGGGGCGCCACCAUCCACGCUCUGCAUGUCAUGGAGAGUGGUGGCUUCCGCAGCCUCCUUAUCAAUGCCGUGGAGGCCUCCUGUGUAAGAACUAGGGAGCUUCAGUUUUUGGCUGACCAAGAGAAGAUCUCUCCAGCUGCCAUUAAGAAGACCACUCUGGAUAAAGUUCUCCAGCAGCCAGGAGUCACCGCAGAUACUGUUGGAGUCAGAUCUCAUGGGAUCAGUGUUUUUAACAACACUAAACCAAGGACCAAGAAGAGCUGAUCUUUCUUUCAUCAUUUAAAUGUCUGUGCUAAUGCUGUAUAGAAACAACUAUCGACAGCUGGUUGGGCACAUAUUUCAGAUAACACUGUUGCAAAUGACCUUUUAAGAAAACACAAAUGAAAAGUCACAGUUUUUAGGGGGGAUGCUAAAAUAAAGGAAGAAAAUGUAUGAACAAUAUUCUUGUAUUUUUUUUAACUGGUUGAGAAAAUAACUAAGAUAAUGGUUUGUGGUUAAGUAGCAAGCUUAUCACUUUGGAUUUGGUAUUAUAUAGUGUCUGAGUGUUUGGUGUGUAAAAGACAUUACACACAUUCUACUAUAAAUGGUGUUUUCAUUGUUAGGAACGGAAGGCUAUUUUUAAUAAAUGGGAGGGUUAACAUUUAAAGAAUAAAUAAAUUUUUGACCGCU